UCAGUGUACGCGUUUUCAAACAUGUUUAUGGAGUCUAAAUUAGCUUGCAAGCACGCGAGUAUGGUCUCUGAUCUUUACCAGUUUGCCUUUUCCAUUUAGAUUUUUCCAGUUUUUGUUUUUUCUUUUUCAUUUUUUCGAUAAGUGCAAAGCUUGAUUUGUUCGGCGUUAACCUGGUUCGUGAAUAACCUUGCGAAGAACUUUGUUGGUUUUCUUUUGCUUUGUGUGUAUAUCUUCUUGGUUUGCGGUGUUUGACGAGGAAAUGGGCCAGAAAUGGCAUUUCAAUCGGUUUAGGGACCGUUUGGGUGUUUUUGGUAUUGUGGUGGCUUGCUUUUUGUUUCAAAACUCGGGAUUUUGUUGGUCUUUGAAUGAUGAAGGUUUGGCGCUUUUGAGAAUAAGGGAGAGAGUUGUAAGUGACCCUUUUGGCGCUUUGUCUAACUGGAAUGAUGAUGGACAUGUUAAUCCCUGCUCCUGGUUCGGGGUCGAGUGCUCUGAUGGAAAAGUCGUGGUUCUGAACUUGAAAGAUCUUUGUCUUGGAGGAACACUAGCACCUGAAAUUACGAACCUUGUCCACAUCAAGUCAAUUAUUUUGCGCAACAACUCCUUUACCGGGAUCAUUCCUGAGGGGAUUGGCAAAUUGGAGGAGUUGGAGAUGCUGGACUUAGGAUACAACAACUUCAGUGUGCCGCUUCCUGGAGACCUUGGCAGUAAUUUGUCACUGGCAAUCCUUUUAUUGGACAAUAAUGGACUUCUUGGUAGCAUGACUCCUGAAAUUUACGACUUGGAGAUGAUUUCCGAAUUUCAAGUUGAUGAAAGCCUGCUAUUUAAUGGAGCUAAAGAAUUAUGUUGCAGCAAAAUAGCAACUACUAGGAAAUUCCCCCAAACUGAAGGCUUUGUUCAUCGGACGCUGCAGCAGGCUCAACCACCAAGUCCUUUCAAUCGCAGCAAUAAACAUUCACCAGCUGAUUCACCAGCUGGUCCUACCAACUCGUCAACGUCAUCAUCUUCCACAGUAAACUCUACUGCACAACAAAGUUCUGCUCCUUCACCUUCACCUACGUCGUCACAUUCACCUUCACCUGCACCUUCACCUCCACCUUCACCUUCACCUUCACCUUCACCUCCACCUUCGUCUUCACGUCCAUCUCCACCCAAUAUAACUGUUCCAGACUCUACCACUACUUCUAAAAAUCAUCAAGCUGCAAUAAUAGGUGGAGCAGUUGGGGGUGGUAUCUUUCUUGUACUUUCAAUAAUUGGCAUAUAUCUCUAUAUGAACAACAAGGUGGCUACUGUCAAACCUUGGGCCACGGGAUUAAGUGGACAGCUUCAGAAAGCAUUCAUAACUGGUGUACCAAAGCUUAAGAGGUCAGAGCUAGUAACAGCUUGUGAAGAUUUCAGUAAUGUAAUAGGUACUUCGCCAAUAGGUACAGUGUAUAAAGGGACAUUGUCUAAUGGAGUUGAAAUAGCUGUGGCUUCUGUUACAGCGACAUCUACCAAGGAUUGGUCAAGGAAUCUAGAAGUACAGUUUAGGAAGAAGAUUGACACACUUUCAAAAGUUAACCACAAGAAUUUUGUGAAUCUUAUUGGGUAUUGUGUGGAAGAGGAACCUCUCACUAGAAUGAUGGUUUUUGAAUAUGCUCCCAAUGGAACGCUGUUUGAGCAUUUACACAUAAAAGAAUCCGAGCACUUGGACUGGGCAAUGCGAGUGAGGAUUUUAAUGGGCAUGGCUUACUGCCUUGAGCAUAUGCAUCAGCUGGAACAACCUAUAGCCCACAACAACUUAAACUCUUCAGCUGUCCGUCUCACUGAGGAUUAUGCAGCUAAAGUCUCAGAACUCAGUUUCUGGAAUGAAAUAUCUGCUGAGGUGGAGUCUCCUGGCAAAAAGCUUCCAAAAGCACCAUCAGCAAGCUUGGAAAGUAAUGUUUACAGCUUCGGUGUGAUACUGUUUGAGAUGAUAACAGGGAGGCUUCCUUACUCAGUGGACAGUGGCUCACUUGAAGACUGGGCAUCAGACUAUGUGAGAGGACAGCAAUCCCUCAAAGAAAUGGUUGAUCCAACUCUAACUUCUUUUGUAGAAGAAGAAUUAGAGCAACUUGGAGAUGUCAUAAAAUUUUGUGUCCACCCUGACCCGAAACAAAGACCGACAAUGAGGCAAGUCAGUAGCAGACUGAGAGACGUAACUGGAAUAUCACCAGAUGGAGCUACACCAAAACUGUCUCCUCUUUGGUGGGCAGAGCUUGAACUUAUGUCUACAGAAGCAGUCUAAAAUUAGAUUUCUUCGAAUUGUGAGUAAGAGCGAGUAAAGCUUUACAAUCUCUUCCUCGUAUUUAAUCGCAGGUUAAUGAAGUUUUUACUUGUACAUAACUUCUAUGAGAAAAUACGUAGCAAAAAUGUUCAUCCAUGUGUCAAAUAAUUUAUUACUAUUAUUUUUUUA